UUUUUCUACUGAACCACGACCAGGAAGAAAAACGCAGUGAAAGAUAGUGACAGAGUUCAGGGUGUUCGUGAAAGAGAGAGAGAUUUCGCAAUUCCCAAAUUCACAAACCCUAAUUUCUCUGAGAUCGACGAUGGCUUCUUCCAAGGAUCGUGAAAACUUCGUCUACAUCGCCAAGCUCGCUGAACAAGCUGAACGUUAUGAAGAGAUGGUGGAUUCAAUGAAGAAUGUUGCGAACCUAGAUGUGGAACUGACUGUUGAAGAAAGGAAUUUGCUAUCUGUUGGUUAUAAGAAUGUGAUUGGUGCUCGCAGAGCCUCGUGGAGGAUUCUUUCUUCCAUUGAGCAAAAGGAAGAGACUAAAGGAAAUGAUGUGAAUGCGAAACGGAUUAAGGAGUAUAGGAACAAGGUUGAAACUGAGCUGACAAACAUCUGUAAUGAUGUUAUGAGAGUGAUUGAUGAACAUCUUAUACCUUCGGCUACAGCUGGUGAAUCAACUGUGUUUUACUAUAAGAUGAAAGGAGAUUAUUAUCGUUAUCUUGCGGAAUUUAAGACUGGCAAUGAGAAGAAGGAGGCUGGUGAUCAGUCAAUGAAAGCAUAUGAGUCUGCUACCACUGCAGCAGAGGCUGAAUUACCCCCCACUCAUCCCAUUCGGUUGGGUCUGGCUUUGAAUUUCUCAGUUUUCUAUUAUGAGAUCUUGAAUUCACCAGAAAGAGCCUGCCAUCUUGCAAAGCAGGCUUUUGAUGAAGCUAUUUCAGAGCUCGACACCUUGAAUGAGGAGUCCUACAAAGAUAGUACAUUGAUCAUGCAACUUCUCAGGGACAACCUGACUCUCUGGACUUCUGACAUCCCGGAAGAUGGAGAAGAGAACCAGAAAGCAAAUGGCACUGCCAAGCUUGGUGGAGGUGACGAUGCAGAGUGAGGCUAAUGGUUGGCGGGAACUUCCUUAGGAUUCGAUGUAUGUGUUUGGGCAUGAAACAUUAGGGCUGAUUUCUUAUUUGUGUACUAGUUAGAAUUAGGGUUCCAUUGUUUCCUCUAUGUCCGUUUCUUGUUAAUUGGUCAUACUUCCCCAUAGAGGAAAAGAAAAACUCCAUUUGUGCUAUAUUUUGUUGAUGUUUUUAUUUGUGUGGUGUCCUGAAAUGGCCUGUUUCACUCCUAAGCACCUCCUUCUGUCUGUGGGAGAUUGAUUUUAUGAGGAUUGUUGGUGUAUUUCUUUUUCCAAUGAAAUGCUUCACCUUUAUUAUCUUGGAGAUAA